GCGUCGGGGAAUGUGCGCGUUUGUGAGCUUUACAGUCCAUGCAGGUUACUGAGUUACUUGUAAGCGUGGACGCGUGGAAGAAGAAGAAGAAGAAGAAGAAGAAGAGGACGUUGGCAAAGAGGAAGGAGAAGGAGAGGGAGGGGGAGAGGAAAAGGAAGGUGGAGGGGAAGUGGAAGAGGAAGGAGGAGGAGGAGGGGGAGGGGGAGAAGAAGGGGGAAGUGGAGAGGAAGAGGGGGAAGASAGAGGAGGGGAAGAUGGACAAGAAGGGGGAGGGGGAGGCGGAGGAGGAGGAGAAGAUGGAAAAGAGGAAGCGGGAGGAGGGAGAGAGGGAGAAGGAGAAGCGAAGGAAACAGGAGGAGAAGGUGGAAGAGGAUGAUGCACGGACCAGCGAAGCAUCCGUCGAAACCAUUGUGUAAGACGAGUUGCAUGUAUAUGUUGUCGACGUUGACGAUAUAUAUACAGCCUCCUGACGAGUCGGUGAAACUUCGA